AUGAAGAUCUCCGUCUUCCUUACCAUUCUUGCUAGUGUUACUAGCGCCCUCGCAGGCUGCAACUGCAAGUGCCAGGACCCAUCCGGCACUGGUCCCCAGUGGGACGAUCUCACGGAGCAAGUAUGCGAUAUGCAAAACGACGAGAGUAGUCUAUUUUGCAUCGAGACGUACCAUGAAGAUCAGCAUCAUCAGUGUUCGGCCCCAAACUAUUGCAUCGAUAGCGGGGACUUUGACAAGCAGUGCAAACAACUAGGCGCCCCUGGUGCUUACUGCUGGAAGUGAGACGCGUACCUAGGGUACCUUACUGUCGGUACAUAUAUGUCUCUCUCUCAAGUUUUGAAGCAUAGAUGUAACCAUGAUAUCGAUGUGUUGUGAUGGAAGGAACUUGAGCUUGGGAAACAGAUUGAUCAAAAGACUAGGUAGCGUAGGGAAUUCAUGAUCCGGAAGAUACCACCUAUCGGAAAUUCUGGGCCCUGGGUGUAGUGAAAAUAAAU